GUAAACAAGAAUGGUUGGAAAGUGGGUCGGAGGCUCAUUGAACUGAAUGUACUGCUACUCCAUCUAAAAUCAUGCCGAAAAUGCAUGCUUGGCCCAGUGCCACUUAUGUACAACAACAUCGUUGGUGAAUUGCAAAAAGGUUUAGGCGGAUAUCUAUAUGUUGUGUGCCAAAACCCAGACUGCAGCCACAUAAAUCGAGUGCCAUAUGGGAAGACCCACCAUAUAAAAAACAAGGGGAUGCCAUGCUUUGUUAUAAACACCAAACUUUGGGCAGCUAUGAUUGACAGUUUGGGUGGUGCAGAGAAAGUGAACAAUCUCCUAGCAGUCCUGAAUUUGAAGGCGAUUCAUCCAAAGAACUUGAAACUAAUGGAAAACCGUGCUGGUGAGGCUAUUCAGGAGGUGUCCAGAGAAUCCUGCAAAAAUGCUGCAAAAGAAGCUUUUGAAAAAGAAAUGAGUGAUAUUGCCCGGCAAGAGACUGAGCAAGCACAUGGGCAAAUGGUAGGAGAGAUUGAUGACCUAGGAGUGUGUCCUCUCCCUGGAGAAUCUCCAUCACUUCAACUUCAAGCAAGGCCGGUAAUUGAAUGUGAAACAGAUUCCGACGUUGAGAAAGACUCUGUACAGUCUGAAGUAAAUGAUCCAGUACCAGGUCCGCAGAAUGAAUCUUCUGUUAUGACAAG